AUGUUUAAGAAGAAAACAAUUGAUUCAUUUUUCAAGAGGAAAGAUAGAAAUGAUGAAGAAACUAGUGUUGAAGAUGUUGAUCAACAACAACCAUCUUCAUCUGAAAUACCAAUCUUGGAGUUGGAGCAACAUGUCCAACCACCUUCCAAAUUUAUCAAGAUUGGAGUAACCGGACAAGAAAAGGUUAAUAUUGAUGCUUUAAUCCGUGAUCCUGGAAAACGCCCACAAAUUUGGGAUUAUCCUAUUAAUCAACAAGAUGAAAUUCGUAGGGCAUAUAUGAAGUUUGGGCCUUACCAAUUUAUAAUGGAUGUAUAUCCACUUUCUGGCCAAGAUGAUCAUCCUCGUCGAUUUCAAGCUCAUUGGUUUAAAGUAUUUCCUUGGUUAGAGUAUUCGCCGGAAGAAGAUGUUGCUUUUUGCUUUCCAUGUUAUUUGUUCUCUAAAAGGUCGAGCUCAUUCACUUCAAAGGGAUUUAGAAAUUGGAAAAAAGUGAAUAGUGGGAAAGAUUGUGCAUUUCUAUCUCAUGUGGGAAAGAGUCCUAAUUCUCCUCACAAUAUUGCCAUUAAAUGCUUUGAAGAUUUGAAGAAUCAAUCAUGUCAUAUUGACAAAAUAUUGGUUAAACAAACCUCACAACAAAUUUUGAGUAAUCUCCUACGCCCUAAAGCCUCUAUAGAUGUUGUUAGAUGGUUGACAUUUCAGGCGUGUGCUUUUAGAGGGCAUGAUGAAAGCUUGGGAUCAAAGAACCGAGCUCAUCAAUUACAACUAGCUCUUGUUGCCGCAGCUAAAGAAGAAGUUGAUGUUCAUUCUUUCUUUCGAAAUUUGAAUGUGAUUGUUAAUGUUGUGUGUUCUUCAUGUAAACGUAAUGAUGAGUUACAAAAGUCUGCUUAUGUAUCCGAAAUUGCUAAUUUGAAUGCAAAUGAUGAGAUUGAGAGCGGUAGGGGAGCUAACCAAAUUGGCACAUUACAGAGACCUGGUGAUACUAGAUGGAGUUGUCAUUUCAAUUCUAUAUGCAGCCUUUUACGCAUGUAUAGUGCAACUGCUUUGGUUCUUGAAGAUUUAGCUAUUAAAGGAUCUACUUACUCCCAACGAGGUGAUGCUACAUAUGCUCUCAAAGCAUUGAUGUCAUUUGAUUUUGUUUUCAUUCUACAUGUGUUGAAAGAAAUUAUGGGAAUUACUGACAAACUCUGUCAAGCUUUGCAACAAAAGUCUCAAGAUAUUUUGAAUGCCAUGUGCUUGGUCUCUACCACAAAAUUGUUGAUUCAAAAUUUAAGAGAUUGUGGUUGGAAUUCUCUAUUAGAAAAAGUUACUUCUUUUUGUAGUAGACAAGCUAUUCAAAUUCCUGAUAUGAAUGGUGCUUAUUCAGACAUAAUUCGAUCCCGAAGGCAUAAAGAUUCUGUGACAGUAUCGCAUCAUUAUUGCAUCGAUAUAUUUACUACUGUUAUAGAUUAUCAGUUAAAAGAAUUAAAUAGAAGGUUCAGUGAGCAAGUAACAGAACUUCUUAUACUGAGUACAACUUUAGAUCCUAAGGAUGCAUUCAAGUCAUUUGAUGCUAGGGACAUUUGUAAUCUUGUUGAGAAAUUUUAUUCAUCAGAUUUUUCUGAGCAAGAAAAGAUUCAAUUAGAAUAUGAAUUGCUACAUUAUGAACUUGAUGUGCACAAAGAUCCGAAUUUUCAGAACUUGUCUACUAUUGGUGAAUUAUGUCAAAAGUUUGCAGAGGAUGGAAAGUCUAGUUUUUAUCCUUUGAUUGACAGAUUAUUACGGCUUGUCUUGACUCUUCCAGUAUCAACAGCAACCACAAAACGAGCUUUUUCAGCUAUGAAAAUUAUUAAAACAAGGCUUGGCAACAAGAUGGGAGAUGGUUUUCUCACUGAUUAUAUAAUUGUUUAUAUCGAGAAGAAGAUUCCUGAAAAAUUUACCACGGAUAUGUGA